AUGGAUUCAGAUCGCAUCAGUCGUCUUCUGGAAGAUGUUUCAACAUCGGAAACCAGCGAUAUCGAAGGUUCGUACCACGAUGACGAGGGAGAGUAUGGUUCUAACGAAGGUUAUCGUCCAUCAGCUCAGUCAGCAGUGAAUACAGCCCUUCAGUCUCCGGAGGUGGAACAGCCUGGCGCACAAAAAGCUAGUGAUGAUUUCCUGCCUAACGACAUGGAUAUUUUUCUUCAGUCUCCAGAGAUGGAACAGCCUGCUGCGCAAAUGGUCACCAAUUCAACGCAGCUCCAAAAGAUGAAGUGUGGUCAAAAACAUCUAUAUCAACUGCUGAUUUUCACUUUGACGAGUUCUCAACAGGAUCAAAGUUUGAUGUAA